AUGGCAGAGGCUAUUGUUAAUAAUAAUGCAUUAAAUGAUUUAAAAAAGCCAUUAAAUGAAAUAAAAAAUUUACUUAAAUCUAUUAAUCUAAACGAUGUUCUCAAAGAUAAAAUAAAUCUUAUUCUUGAUAAUAUUGAUUCUUGUUUUUUGCAUCUCUCAUAUGAUAUGAAGAAAAUGAAUAAUGAAAUUCAAUUAUUAAAUAACAAAAACGAUCGAUUGCAAGAAGAAAUUUUUGAUGUAAAUAGUAUAUUUCUUGAUCGAUAUUUUGAUAUUCAACAAGAUCCGAAUUAUAUGAUUGGUGGUCCAUUUCGAAUGUCGAUCGUUGAAAAAUAUAAAGAAAUGGGUACAAUCAUUCCGGGUAAAAUUGAAUCAGGACGUGUUCGUGUUGGUGAUCGAUGUGUAAUUAUGCCAAAUCGAACGCGUGUUGAAGUUACAAAUAUUUAUUCUGGAGGUCGUGAAAUUAAUUGUUGUAUUUAUGGAGAAAAUAUUCGACUUAAAUUAAAAAACGUUGAAGAAGAAGAAAUCUCACUUGGUUUUAUUUUAUGCGAUGCUCAACAAAAAUGUCAUGUUGGAAGAGUGUUUGAUGCACAAGUGGAGCUGACUGAACACAAAUCAAAUAUUCGUCCAGGUUAUCUAGCUGUACUUCAUAUUCAUGUAGCUGUUGCUGAAGUUCAAUUAAAAGAAUUAACAGCAUUAAUUGAUCGUAAAACAGGUGAAACAACUCGAGAAUAUCCAAAAUUAUUAAAACAAAAUCAAAUUGCAACUGCAAGAUUUGAAUUAUUACAACGUGGACAAACUAUUUGUAUGGAACUAUUUGAACAUUUUCCUCGACUUGGUCGAUUUGCAUUACUUGACGAAGAUCGAAUUGUUGUUGUUGGAAAAGUUCUUCAAAUCGUCGAAUAA